GUACGUCAAUACAACUGGGAAAUGCUGUCAAAAUUCAUACACUGGACCUAUUGUAGGUUCCAACCGUAUGUUAACACAGAAAACGAAGCAUCAAUAACCGGCGCAUCAUCGUCUCUGAUAGAGUUUCAACCGGACAUCCCUCAAAUGUAAAUGAGCCAUUCCGAAACUACGACGUCGAGCGCAUUUUAUCCAAUCACGGAAAACUUGACAGCUAGGCAGACUCGGCCAUUAUCGAAAACGGGGGUUUUACUACUAAAAAUUUCGACAACUUCGAGCUUAAAACGAUUAGAAAAUUAAAACCAAAAUCACGUCACUCAACAAUAAGAACUGAUAAUUCGAUUAUUGUUAGAACAAUACUUUAUCAGAGAUCUAGAUAGGUUGGACCAUGUAUUCUCAACGACGUAAAAGUUGGAUAAAGGAUCCAAUCCACGACAUAUCCAACUGGUUGACAAUGAAUCCGGGUGUAAAAAACAAGAACCUAGACGAAACCAUUAUGGAAUAUCUUCACCUUCAUCCCGAUUUAGUGGAGCAAUUCGUUUUAGAGAACGUAACGGUCAAAACAGUGAAAAAAUGGAUAAGAAAUAAAAGCGAGGAAUAUAACUCUGAAGCCAAUCGAUGCGAUUUGAGUACCCCUUUCGAUCUAUCAGAGGACAUGUUGGAACUCGUGAAGCUCGGGGAAACUAAAAAACUGUUGUUAAAGUUUACUCUGGUGCUCCAAGAGGCUGUAAAAGCUGACGACGUACAAGUGGACUUGAAUAAAGUGGAAAUAUCGGAACGUGAAGUGAAUCCCAAUGUCAAAAUCGAAAAAUACAAGAACAAGAAGAUUAUUAAGUUGCGUUUCUGCUCCAGUUAUCCGUAUCACAACUGCAUUAUCGUAUUAAGAAGGCUCGGUAACAGUUUACCCUUCUCUCUGAUUGACGAGGACGUGACACUGUUCCUGUCCAAUUGCUUGGCCACCUGUUUCUUUCUCUACGAAUCUAAGUGCGAAGACGUAAGAGACCAAGUUCUAAGAGAGUUAUUUCCUCAGAUAAGAGCUUUGCUGAUGGAUGUCGACAUGACAAGAAACGUUGCCACCAAGAUAUUAUCGAAAACUCGCCACCUUCUAUCGGCGGACAGGAUUCACCUCUUCGUCUUCGACGACAAGAGAGACGAAUUAAUUGCCGAAUAUUUCGAUUCCGGCAUCGACUUCGUUAUUUCCGAUCUCAGAUGCUCCCUAAACGAGGGAUGCUGUAGCCUUACUGCCAAUAAAGGAAAACCCGUAAGCAUCAGUAACAACGCAGACAAUGAGAAGAUGUUUAAUGAAAUCAAAGCCACGAACGGAAUAGAUGUCAACAAUCUUAUCUGCUGUCCCGUUAAGUGCGACGGGAAUUUACUUGGCAUGUUGCAAGUGCUGAAAGGUUGUUCGUCGCCCUUCAGUGCCACAGACGAGGCGAUUGCCGAGUGCAUGAGUAUUUACUGCUCCUUAGUGUUAUACGUAGCAAAAACACACACUCAUAUACUGGUUAAAGAAAAUAAAAUAGCCGUCAACAAAGAGAUGCUCAAAUACCACAUCCAGCCGUCUCGAGAGGAUUUGGAAUCGUUGGUACAAGAUCCUUACCUGAAAAUAUCGCCACCGGAUAUAGAAUCCAUCGAUUUUGCAUUCACAAAUUACGCGGAACAAGACAUUCCCAAGUUAUUUAUACACAUCGCUAGAAAUAUACUGGGCGAUCAACUGUAUCCUUUGGAUAAGUUAUCAAAUUUCAUCCUUACGGUUAUAGAGAGUUAUCGAGACGUCGCUUACCACAACAUCUUUCACGCUUUCAACGUGACUCACUGUAUAUAUUUAAUGACCAAAGAUGCUAAAGAUAAAUUUUCUGUUUUGGAGAUCAAAGCGUUCCUUGUUGCAUGCAUCUGCCACGAUUCGGAUCACAGAGGAUUUAACAAUAACUUUCUGAUUAUAACCAAUUCUCCUCUGGCAUCUCUCUACGUAAACUCUAUUAUGGAACGUCACCAUUAUCAAAUGGCUCUCAACAUUCUCCAAGACGAGGAAAAUGACGUUUUCUGCGAUCUCUCCAAAGAGGCACGCCAAGAAGUCCUGAAUGACAUAGAGACUUGCAUAUUAGCCACCGAUCUUGCCGUUUUUAGAAGCAAUAAAGACAACCUUCAAUAUUUAAUUGAUAAUGGCGAAUUUGACAUAGAUAACGACGCUCAUAGGAAAUGCCUGAAGAAAGUCAUGAUGAACGGUUGUGACGUAUCUGCCGUGUGCAAACCAUGGCCCGUCCAGCUCGAAAUAGUGAAGGACUUGUACAGGGAAAUGUACGCUCAGGGCGACAUCGAGAAAGAAAUGGGGAUGAAACCAGAUUCGUUGAUGGACAGGGAUUUACAAGAACGCAUCCCGGAAGACCAAAUCAACUUUAUUAAUUACAUUUGUUUGCCUUGUUACGAGCUGGUAGCCAAUUGUUUACCCCAAACGAAAUUCAUUUUGGCAGCUUGCAAGGAGACUAUCAAAAAUUGGAAAGAAACUUACCCCUUUCAAGAGCCAAUUAAAAUUUGACACGUUAAAUAUAAUCAUUUUCAAAAUUCAAUCUGUUUACUUCAAAAACUGAAGUACUGCUA